UAUAUAUUCAUCUUUCUCUUUUUAGUUUUUCAUUCCUCUAAAAGUGUGUCCUUCACUUCACACAUCAUAGCAAUGGCAGCACGUUCCUACAGUCCCACCAUGGUUGCCCUCUCUUUGCUUCUUUUGGUCACAUUCUCUAACGUAGCAGAGGCUUAUACACGCAGUGGAACACUUCGUCCUUCAGAUUGUAAACCAAGGUGUACUUACCGUUGCUCUGCAACUUCACACAAGAAGCCAUGCAUGUUUUUCUGCCAGAAGUGUUGUGCAAAAUGCUUAUGCGUUCCUCCUGGUACAUAUGGCAACAAGCAAGUUUGCCCUUGCUACAACAGCUGGAAGACCAAGGAAGGAGGACCCAAAUGCCCUUAAACCCCUUAAUUUCCUCAUAUAUAAAUAAUUUAAUAAGCAAUGUAAUCCUAUGAUUCUUCAUCAGCAAUUUUCUAUCUCUACAUAUAUAAACAAUUCAAUGCUAUUUUAAUUGUUUAAUUGGUAGCACACGGGGACACAUUUAGUUACGUUCCCUUCAGUUUCAGAGGGAAACUAUUUUUAGUAAAUUGUAUUUUGUGUUGCUAUAUAUUAUAUAUAUAUAUAGUCUAUACAUUAAUUGACUUUGGCAUCCGGGCACAUGAGACCGAGAAGGGCAUGCUUCCCUUUGACAAACAUCUUGAAAAGUGUGUCUAAUGUUUGGAUUGUAAGUGGGAAAGUUUCAACCACGGGUUGAAAAAAGUUUGAAAGGUUAAUAAUAAGAAGUGUAAUCUUAUGAUUCUUCAGCA